AUGAAGGCCUCAGCAGUAACGAAGGCGGCGAAGGCCACGGUGGCGAAGUGGAAGGCGACUGCUUCCUCCUCGUCCAAGCGGUAUCGGACCCCAUCGCCUUCCCCUUCGGGUAGCACCUUGGAGGCCGAGUUUGACCUUCGAUCUUUCAGGCCGGCGAGGAAGAGGAAGCUAGCGGAGGAGGAGGUGGAGGAAGAGGACAUGGAGACGCUGGCCCAGAGGGUGGCGAAGAGGGCCAAGGCCUCGACGAGCGACAAGGCCCCGGCGGAACGGCAGCAGCAGGAGCCGCCGAGGGCCACCCCCAACACGCCGCCCCUCUCGACCAUGCCGCCCCGAGGGGCGUCCCCGGCAAGGGCAUCCACCACCAAGCCCAUGCAUAUGGAAGAGGGGGAGGUGAACUUGGGUGCUGGGGGUUCUGCCCCGGCAACGAAUGCUGGCGGGGAGGGCGCCACUUCUUCCCAGCCUGCUGUGGAACCUUCCUCGGCGGCCCGGGGGGACAUCGACACCGUCAUCGAGGAGGUCGCCAGGGACGCCGAGGCCGAGGCCGAUAAGAUCGCCACCGAGGAGGCCGCUAAGACUACCGCUGAAGAGGCUGCCAAGGGGCCUGCCGGGGAGGCCGGCAAGGCCGAUGUCGAGAAAGCCCAAGAGGCGGCGAAGGAACAGGCCGCCAAGGACGAGGCCGCUCGGCACCAGUACCAGGCCGAGCUGAACUACUAG